GGAAACUUGGAAGGGAUCACAUUUAAGUGAAAAUCUUUAAUAGAAUAAUUUUAUUAAAUUAUAAAAAAAAGAUUUUUUCUUGGAAUUUAAUUUUAUUCUUGGGCUAAAAUCAAAUUAAUCAACUAUAAUGACUGAUUGUUUUGAACAAAAAUGUACUGUAACUGAAAAUGAUACUUUGGGAAGUGUUAGUUAUAAUAUUCCAUGUUCAAAAGGCAUUGAUCAAAAUAUCGAAAGACGAUUUGACAAAGGUAAAAGUAUAAGGUUUGUCACAGCUUCAAAGAAUAUACGGGCUGGAGAAGAAAUAUUGUAUGAGAAACCAGUUUUAAUAACACCCCAUUGGGAUUCAAAUUUGGUUUGCAGUAAAUGUUAUCAUCCAUCUUUAAAAAUUUGCCAAAAGUGCAAUGUUUUCCCAUUAUGUAACAAUUGCGUACAGCAUGGAUCAUUUGAAUGUAAUUUCUUCCAAGAGCACACUGAUAUUUCACGAAAUCUAUUAGUGGAGAAUUUUAAAUUGUUUGGCCCAGUUCGAUUUUUACUCUUUUUAGAGAAUCCAUUAAAUGAUGGUUAUUUCAAUGAAAUUCUUAAAAUGGAAUCACAUUUAAAUAAUCGUAAGAAUAGUGAUGUAUGGAAACUGCUAGAAGAAGGAGUUGUACAACCGUUAAAAAAAUCUGGAAUGGGGAAAUAUUUAAAAAAAUGCAAUAUCCUUGAAUCUGAUUUUAUUCAAAAAAUUUGUGCAAUUUUUGAUGUUAAUAUGUUUGAAGUGCGUGGUCCGAGAGAAGAUUCAUUAAGAGCUUGCUUUAUGAAAGCAUGUUUAUUUGCUCACAGCUGUAUACCAAAUAUUGCAGUUGCUGUUGAUGAUGAAUAUGAAAUGAAAGUUUAUGCUACUACAAAUAUUAAGGAAGGUGAUAUUUUGUAUUACAACUAUACAACACCUUUCUUGGGAUCCAAUGAACGUAGAAAACAAUUAAUGUUGGGAAAAUAUUUUACAUGUAAAUGUCCUAGAUGUGAGGAUCCAACUGAAUUAGGAUCAUAUAUAAGUGCUAUAAAAUGUAUAAAAUGCAUUGAAGAUAAUUGUGCUGAAUAUGGUUAUGUUUUGAAUUAUGGUGAUAAUAAAUGGAUGUGUGAUCAAUGUUCAAAAAUAACACCAUAUAAAGAGAUUGAAGAAUAUUUGGUUAAUAUUGGAAAGCAAGUUGAUGAUGCUCAAGGUGAUAUUUGCAAAAUGGAAAUGUUAUUGCUAACGUUAGCUGAGCAUUUACAUGAUCAUCAUUAUUUCAUCUUGGAUUUGAAGCAAAAUAUUGCAGCAAUUUUACGUUCAAUGUGUGAUGAUUCAAAAUAUACGGGUUGUAAGGGCCAUAUGAGAAGAAAAUUGCAAUUAUGCGAGCAAAUUUUACCAAUUUUAAGAAUUAUAUUGCCUGGAAUAUCCAGAAUUAAGGGAAUUGCUUUAUUUGAGUAUUAUAGACCAAUUAUCGAGUUGGCUAGAUUAGAAGAAGAUGGUGGAGAUCACCAUCAUUUGAAUGAACUACUUAAAGCUGAAAAGAUUUUAAGGGAAGCGUACUUAAUGCUCAAAUAUGAACCUGAAAAGUCUCCAGAAGGUCUUUUGGCACAACAAAUUUUCACUGAAAUAGAAACACUUAAAGUUGAUAUAAAAGCUGCCAGAGAAAAAGUUUCUAAGAAUAAAGUUUAAUCAAGUUUUUGUUUUUUCUUUUGCAUUUCUUUAAAAAUAUUUGCUAAAAGUUAUCUUUUAAAUUGAUUCAAUAUAUGUACUUUUGAAAUUUAUAUCAUAUUUGUUUUUGUUUUGAGAUUACAUUUAUU